CUGCGCUGACGGCGGCGGGCAGCCGGCGGCGGCUGGGACCGGACCGGGCCCGAACCUUGAACAAAAAGUAUUUUCGUAUGAAAGUAUUACUGUGCUCUACAGCAGCAGCUGCCAGAACCCCGUUGUACUGAAGACAAUGCGUUUGUAAGAGGGACAGGCUAUGGCUUACAGUUUGCGGUUUCAUUUUCAGAUCUUCAAGGAGAUAUGGUCUAUUUCAUCUUGAUCAGUCAUAAUGGUCACUUCUUGGGAGCUAUCACAGCAACAAAUGCUUGGAGCAUUUGUUGUGAAGUAAGAAGACUCGGAACAGGAAAGAUGUGCUUCUAUGGAUUGGACUGCUUGAACAAAAUGGUGCUGUCCAAGUAGGUCAGAGCAUUUCUGAGAACCACAGAACUUUGUCUUGUCAGCAGCAGUUGGAUGUGUUUUGAACAGGCCUAACAAACUGAGCUUCUGGCUGCCAGCAAUGGAUCAAGAAGCUGGAAAACCUGCAUGGCCAAGACCAGCAGGUGGAUAUCAGACUAUUACAGGUAGAAGAUAUGGAAGAAGACAUGCUUAUGUCAGUUUUAGACCGUCCUUGAACAGCCAAGAUGGAAAUGUACACCAACACAAUGGAGAGCAUGAAGGAUUAGAGUUCGACAAUGUUCAGGAAGAGAUUUCUUUACUUUCCAGGCCAUUGGUCCAAGUUUCUUCGUGUUUAUUGGAUGAGACACUGUUAGAAAAUACUGCAACUGGAGAACCUGUUCGUCAGACUGUUUUGAGCCAAAUUUCUGAGGCAAGCACUUCACCGUUUUCUCUAGCCUCUUAUGAAGUGGAAGGCAACCAAAUCUCAGGGAACAUUAUGAAUCCUGAUAAAAAUUCUGAGCUCCUCAUUGAACGUACUUCUGGAGAGUCUAAUGAUUUGAAUGGUCACAAUGGAAUUGCUUUUGUAAACAUCGACUCUUACGAGCCAGAUAGCAGCGAUGGAGAAGAUGAUGGACAAGACCAGCUUUGUUUGGGAAGAGAAGAAGCAGGUGUAUUUCAGGAAACACUAGAUGAUGUGGCUUCUGAAUUAGAAAAUGGUAUAGAGGCUUUCACUGACGUACAGUCCCGAUUGUCCACUCUCAAUUGCAGAAUUUCUAGAGAAUGUUGUGAGGAAGUGAGACCAGUGCCUUCAAGAUAUUUGAGCAUAGAUUCAGACUUGAACCAUCCAAACAACAGGACACUCGAAGAAUCUGCUGCUGAAGAUCAAGCCAUACCAAAAAGUAACCUGAGUGGUGACAGUCAUGAAACACAACAGGUAAAUCUGGUAGAUACUAGAAUUAGGACCCCUGUAACAACUUGUAAUGAAUUAAAUCUCAGUGAUGAGGAGACUGAACAAAGAAAUUCACCUGAGCUAGUAGUGAGACCUAAAAUAAGAAAGCAAAAUACCACAAGCCAGUUGGAGAGAAAGAUGGUUCUGCCUGAUGAUGAUGAAGAAAGCAGUUCUAACAGGAAAAGGGAAACUGCUGAAAUCCAGCAAGGCUGUGAUGAACGUACCUCGAGAAAUGACGGAGAAGAAUUGAGUUCCACUAUGUUCUUCGAACCCAAAGAGUACAAAGGUCCUCAGAACAACACUAGGAUAGACCUAAGGAGAAACACAACAGCUCAAGAACAAAAAGAUGUCUUAGAUGAUAGCAGUUUUUGGGAUGAGUUUGAAGACUGGAGCAGAUACUUCCCACGGCCCCACAAAGAUGAAGACAGCUCAGAAUGUAGUGAUGGAGAAUGGUCUGCAUCUAGGCCUUCCUGUUUUGCUGCUGCAGAAAAAGACCAGUCCUCAAGUGAUGAGAGCUGGGAGACUGUCCCAGGCAGGGAGGAACAUGAGCCUGAAGUGCAUAGCAGCCCCAGUGGUAUAGAAGUGUUUGUAGACUGCAGUUUUCAAGGAGGGGAACCAACGCUUUUGGAGGAAGGAGAGAUUACUUGGUUACAGUACCAUGAAGAAACAGAAAGUAGCAGUGAUGAGGAAAAUCAUCCAGUUAGUGAUUUUGUGCAUCCUGGCUUAUUUAUAUUAGAUGGAAACAACAACCUUGAGGAUGACUCCAGUGUGAGUGAGGACCUGGAUGUUGAGUGGAGGCUGCUGGAUGAGUUUGGUGAUGGCCUAGGAGUUGCUCAAGCCAUUUCAUAUGUGGAUCCCCAAUUUACCACGUAUAUGGCACUAGAGGAACGCUUAGCACAAGCUAUGGAGAAUGCUCUGGCACAUUUGGAGUCCCUUGGAUUUGAUGUUGAACAGGCUCAUCCACCAGCUACUCAAGAAAGCAUAGAUUGUCUGCCACAGAUUAUUGUCACAGAUGACCAUAAUGGUCAAGACCAGUGUUGUACUAUCUGUUGCAGUGAAUAUGUGAAAGAUGAAAUCUUAACAGAGCUACCCUGUCAUCAUUUGUUUCACAAGCCCUGUGUCACUCUUUGGUUACAGAAGUCGGGAACAUGCCCUGUUUGUCGCCACGUGCUUGCACCCAUGCUUCCUGAAGCAGCUGCUACAACUGCUUCCGUUCUAUCUGAUCAUGAUUCCUCAUCUCCUGCUCAGGAUGUUACAGGAGCUCCAAACUAGCAUCUGAAAUGAAGUCUCCUUCGCCAAAAUAAAAAGUUAACUUUGCCUCUUAAAUUACAAUGUGAAAACAAUUAUAUAUAAAAUAUUAUAUGUAAAAUACUUUAUAUAUUAUAUAUUUCAGUUUAGGAAGAAGAUGCAAGAAUUUAUAAACCUGUUUAGGUUUACAAUAGUUUAAGUUUUCAAACAAAGCUUGAAGAAUGUGCACCCCUUUUUACAUGAUAGAAUGUUGCUGGUAACUGUAGUGUCUAAAGCUUGUAUUAUGACAAAUUUGUCCAAAAAGAUAAUUAAUGUGGCACUUUCUCUUUAAGUUCCUGCAACUGCAGUGCAGUUGUAGCUUACUGAAGUUAUGCUCAUCUGUUUUUCAUAACUGAACUAUUUGCCAACGAGUGACUGUAAUGGAUCUCUUUUACAUCAAAUGCAGAGAUCUUCUUUGACAACAGUACAGUUUGGUUUCACUGGAAAUAAAUUUCACCAAGAAACAGUAUUUUACCCCUUUAUUCCAUAUUAACAGCACUUCUGAUAUUAUGAAGAAAGUUUAAUUGCUGAUACCUGGACUUUUUUUUUUACAAAUGCUAAUACUAUUUUUAAGACUAGGUCCUGAAUAAGUGUAUGAACUUUGGAACUUCAACACUUGAUAUUCUGAGUUUCUAAGAGGCUGAAUCCGUAAAAGCUGGGCAGCUGUUUCCUUCAAGUUCUGCUUAAAUUCCACUGUAUUAACUAGGUCUCCUGUACUUUCUCCUUCAUGUACGUACACCCUCUCAUUAUUAGAUAUAUUUAUUUUUCCUUAUAUAAGGAGUGGGGUUGCUUUCCUAAUACAGUUGUAAUUAAAAUAUUUUUAUCUCUUAGUCUUAAAUCUGAACAAGGUAGUAAGAACGUUACAUACCUAAUAGCCAUGUAUUCAAAUGUAUUUUUCAAUUAGGAUAACUCCUGUGAAGCUAUUUCAGAAAUUAAAGAAUGAAUGUUUCCAGUGUUGCAUACCCACUUAAACCACUUGUUGCAGUGGGUUAUGCUACACUUAAUAUUUUAAAGGAGAAAAGUUCUAGAAACUACAGUCUUAUUUCUCUAAAUAAUACUAUAUGUCCCUUAAAGUUUUUUCAUAUACUGAAGUUACUCUUAGAGCGCAGGAAGUUAAGAUUUUGAUCUGUGUAUAUGCGCUAAUAGCUGUGCAAAUCUCUUCUGUGGCUAUUGGAUAGACAUGUGAUUCCUAUAGUGGGAAUAAUAUAAAAGGAUCAAAUCCAAACAGUCUUAAAACAAUUACAGUUUCUUCUAGUAACUAUUAGUUGAAUAAGGCUCGUAGAAAGGAAGAGUGAUUUUUGAGAAAGUGGUAUUACAGUAGCUCUUCCCUAGUGCUUAGAUUAUUGUUGUCAUCAGUGUCAUUCUUUACAAAUAUUAAUUUCUUCUUUAAAUAAUCUUUAAAUAACGGUCAAAGAUAGUGUACCCUUCAAAAUAAAACAAAUGUUACUGUAGUGUAAUUUGUGGAGUGCAGCAGAACAAAGAAUGGAUAGCAGCUGCCAUUGGUAUAUUCAUGAGAAUUUAGGUGAUGCAGUUCCAAAAGUUCCAAACCGUGGAGUACAAGGAAACCACAACAAUUGGAUAUUGGUGAAAAGUGGUAGAAGCAUGGUUAGCACAGCUAAUUUUUUGGAGUAAAACUCUAUAGUCCCUGAAGUUGCCAUCAGCAGGAUUGGGGGAAAUGUGACAAGGAACAUACGCUGAACAUAUACUUAUAGGCAUGCUUACUGGGACACUUAUUCUCUUCCAAGAAGCACUAUAAUUUUUCCAUAUCUCUAUUACAAACCAGUGUUGGGGAGAAUGAUCUGUAGCUACCAAGUACCCCAGAUGAUUAAGAGUUAAUACAGCCCUUGUUGUUGUUUGAGGAUCUUUAGGGGAUGUAUGUACAUUUCAGACAAAAGUAUAAAUGAAAACAUUCAUAUUCCUGGCUGGGGUAGGGAACAGACCAGCAGAAGGAUGGGUUUUACUGCAUAGUAAUAUCAGACUUGUUCUUGAGGGUGUUGUUCGUCAGUAGCUUCACUCUGCAGCAAAUGCUGUAGCAGGUACUUAAACCAGGCUGUGUUCUGUUUCGGUCUGGAACAGUACAGUGUGCUGGCCUUCAUUUAAUCCCUUAGGAAUAGUGUUUUAUAAAGAGGAUUACUUCAGCUUCUGGGGCAAGAUCUGGAAGUGCUCUUGCUAGAUGCUUUUGAUUCUAGACUUCCCCAGCAGUGUCAAGAGUUAAGAAAGAAGCAGCUGUUGGGCUUUUUCCCUCCUUGUCUGUUGCUGGCCUCAGUACUGGCAUCUUCCUAUUUCUAAACAACCAGUAAACAACUGCCUGAGAAAUGUGUUCAAGCUUUUUGUUGUUGUUGUUUAACUCGAAUGUAGAGGUGUCACUUACAGAUCUUUUGUGGCUCCUCAGCUGAGGAACUAACAGAUGAAAGACCUUCAAGAGGGUGUCUGAAAAGUAUAUGCUAGGUCAUGCUCAGGUUACCAGAAUUGUCCUGCAACACCUAGGAAGAGUCAUGAUCCAGAAAUUUGGAUCAUUUGUGCAAAUGCCUGUUGUGAUUUUUUUGGUAUAUAAAAUUGCAUCAGAUUGCUGUGCAGAUUAAGUGGUUCGUGCUUCAAAUGUAAAAUUGUUUGGUUAAAGCAGGCCUAGUUCAUCUGAAGGCCUUGCAAAGUAUAAUGUUUUCCUAAGAAAAAAAAAAUAAAA